AUGGAAUUACAUGGUACUUACAUGGAUAAUCCUGAAUCGGAUCGUCAGGAAGACCGUCCAAAUACUUGUCCUGAUUAUCCUUUUUGGGAGAGUCGUCUGUAUCAUAAGUCCUUUUUCAAGAACAAAAAUUACGAUCGAAAGUUUAGUUAUUAUGACGAUAGUAAUGUGUUUAGGUUUUUGUUUUUUGAUUGGGUUAAUAGGUGGACAAGCCACGUUUCGAAAGGAUACGUUGAACCUUACAAGUUACACCCUUUGCCAGUGUCGGAUCAGAUACUUCGCUGGCAGCCAAUAUUUUCGAAACAUAUUAGUGACGGGAUAAUUAAGCAGGAGCUCUUCAAAACAUCGGAAUCAAAGUCAAAAACCCGGGACAGGACCCAGACCCCGUACCGGUCGAUAGUGAUUAGGGCAAUAUUCUUGACAUUCUGGAAGAGAACGCUGUUUGGACUUUUCGGAAUACUGUGUACGAACUUGUUCGGAAUGAGCGUCUCGAUUUUGGUCUACGAGCUGCUGAAGGAGUUGCACAAGGGGCGUUUUAAUUUCAGCAAGAACUUCAUCCUGGUCUGUCUUAUCACAUUGUGUCAGUUUUUAGACGGCUUCUUUUUCGACCAUCUGACCUUUUUCAUGUAUAGGCUCAUUUACAUCAUCCAGUACUGUUGUUCUAUUACCGUGUUUCAACACGGACUGUGCUACAGGAAGAGAUUUUCAAAUGAGGUAAAUGGCUCCAACUGGCUGAGAGUUUGCAACGAAGUCGUCCACAGUUGUUCUGACUCAACGUGCAAAACAAACCCCUUAUUCUGCCCAUCUUUGAGGUACCAGAACAAGGAUCUGUGCCCUCAGAUUUUUUCAUUCGAGUUCAUCGAUUCGUACUAUAUUUCAGCCUUUUUCGACUUUUUGAUUUCGCUAAUUCAGUUUUCAUCCAACUGCAUAUACGGAUUUCUGCUCAUCAGAUACUAUAUUAACCUCAGGGUGAUGUCCCUGGUUGUUACUGUUGUAAUUUUUAUUGCUUUAGUUUUAAUCGUUGAAGGCUUCAACACUUUUGUUCUUAACUAUUUAUAUUCCUUUAAGGAUUAUAGGAUUAGCCAAUGCAGAGAUGUUAUUUGUUCCAUUUAUAUCAUUGUCAAAAUGUCCCUAGAAUCUGUAGCACACAACAUCAUUACAGAGACUAGAAACACUGAAAUCACCUUGGUCAUUGUACGACUAAUGCUUUCCUUUCUAAACAAGAUUUUCUUUACCAUCGCCGUUUCCGGUAUUUUCCUACUGAUAUUGAAUGACUUCGUCGAAGACUUGAAAAAGGUGAACGAUAUAAGAAAGAUCGAUGGCGUGGGACUUCUGGCCAUGCUUUAUAUAUUGAUGAAGAUCAUUUUUUCAAUUUCGCUCUUUCCCCAGGCCAUUAAGCAAAUGUUCACAUCGAUCGCCUCGUAUCGUAGGAUAAAGAAAUUUAUCUGCGAUUGCUCACCUAACUUUUAUAUCAGUGACAAUAAAUUCACGGGUUCCACCCGCACAUCUUUAAAUGUAGUUCCUAUGGACAAGCAUCUUCCUAAGGACAUUGUAGUCUACUACAAGGACGCCUCGUUUGCAUGGGUUUGUUCGAGCAAGGACUUGUUGGAUUACAACUACGAGCCUUCGCUCAACAAUGUUAAUUUUCAACUGAAACGGGGCGAGAUUGCCAUAAUUACUGGUGCUCAGGGUUCUGGUAAAUCUAACUUCAUAAAGUCAAUGCUUGGUGAGAUGACUCUGGUUGGUGGGUCAAUGGCUGUUGUUCCAUUGCACACAUCAAUGCCCAUAUUUUAUGCUUCACAGGAUAUAUGGUUACAUCAGGGCACCAUCAGAUCAAACAUCACAUUUGGCUAUCGCUUCGACGAACAGAUAUACAACACGGUGUUGAAGGCAGUUGAACUUCAGUCUGAUAUAUCCACUUGGGAGAAGGGUGACCUCCGUGUCGUAUCUGACAACGCCCACACUCUGAGUGGUGGUCAGCGUGUGAGAAUGGAAAUGGCUCGUGCCAUAUAUGCCUAUCUCAUAUUCCACCAGGUUAACUCUGACUACAACAACGGCAAGUGCUCAUUCUUGAUGUGCCUCGACUCACCCUUCCACGGUCUCGAUCCUUUCGUCUCGAAAACUGUGUUCAACAAUUUGUUUAACAUCAAGACUGGAGUACUCAUCAAGGACGAUCUUUCUGUGGUCUUAUCUUCCACAAAGAGGUCGCUCGACAUUUGCUUGAAGUCGGCCGACUUGAUGCAGUUCCCUGACAUUCCCGUUUACAACAUACUUAACCUAAACAUGGUUCUCUAUCGUACUUUGCAUUCGAAUGACGAGUUUGACUCCCCUACGCCCAGCUCGAGCUCUUUUUCCCCGAAAUUAUCUCUGAGCCCUCGAUCCUCACCUUCGCCGAAAGAGGCUCCGAAGGCCUACGGCGAGUUGAUAGAUCUUGCGUACGAUAGGAACACGGGCAAGGCGUCGACCAACCUUGUCACCGCCGACAAGUACGGCAAGUCGGACUUCAUUGCGGGUCCAGGUAAAAGGGGCGGUUUCAAACCGUAUAUUAUUUACUUCUCAGCUGCGGGCUUUUUCUUCGUUCUUUUCAUCGUUUUCAUGUUCGCCUGCACGAUCAUGGACAACAUAAAGUUUAUUUUUGCCUCCGACUUGUCGGACUACAUAAAGGAUCGCAUGGAGGGAGUGACGAACCCUUCUGACAUGAUGAACAGGUUCUCUGACAUAAAGACGUACAGCGAUAAGUCUCUGAAGAGGAUCAGCAUCUUCACAGUCGGCGUCGUCUCAGUUUGUUUCCUGGCCAAUGUUUUCUUAACGGCCUCCUGUGUCAUUUCGUCUCGUAAAAUACACGAGUACUGCAUUGACUCCAUAUUUAGGUACAGUGCUUCUGUGGUUAAGAUCAAGGGGGAUGUGAGUAGGCUCAUAACGUAUCUCUCCUCGGACAUAUUCCAAAUCGACGAAAGCCUCGGCUACGCCAUGGCCACUGCGCUCGUGUCGCUGGUGGAGUCGAUCAUCCACGUGCUGACGCUGUGCUACCUUAUACCGCUGUCGACUCCAGUGAUAGCUGUAAUGAUUUUCAUCGUUAUCAAGUUUGUCUUCGUUAGCUACGUCAACGCCUCGAAGAACCUACAGAUCGCAUCCAUGGAGGCCAGCUCCCAGAUCAACGACCUCUGCGAGAAGGCCAUAUCAGGCUCUGUGACUUUCAGGUGCUUCAAGAAGGAGCAGGAGUUCUUGAGGAACAUCAUUGAGCACACCGACUACUACAUGAGGUGCCUCUUCCUCAACAAGUCGGUGCUCUCGAGGUCCUCCAUCAACUUCAAGUUCCUCCUGUCAAUCAUCAACCUGGUGCUGCUGAUACCGCUCGUGAGGCGCGAGUUCUUCAAAGUACGCUUCCACAGCGGCAUUUACGGACUCGCCGUAUCGCUGGCCAUGAUUUUUGGCUACACCUUCACGAACUUCAUGAUCUGGUUCGGGAGGCUCGAGGUCCUGAUGUGCACCAUCAAGCGCUUCGAGAGCUUCGUGCCCCCCGGCACGAAGUGCCGCUUCCUCAAGAAGAAAAACGUCAGGGAGGAGGGGCUCAUAGUCAAGUUUUCAGAGAACGUCUGCACCGAUGAGCAGGCCAACAUUUCUAAAAAUACUCUCUACAAGAGGCGCGAGCGCGAGUACGCCAGAAGCAACUCCUGCUUCCCUCCCUUCAAGGGCCUAAUUCGGAAGCCGCUCAUCCACAAGCUCGACGUUUCCAAGCACCUGCCCUCGAACCACUUCGUGGUCCAGAUAAAGAACAUGUUCGUGAGGACUUCUGAGUCCACGGACCAGGACCAGAAACACAUCCUCAAAAACAUCAGCGUCUCGGCCUCUGGAUCAGAUAUUAUCGGUAUAAUUGGCAGAACGGGUUCCGGAAAGACGACUCUGCUCUCAGUUCUCCAAAACACCGUCGAAAAUAGAACAGGUCAGGUAAUUCUCGAUGGGAAAGACCUGAACGAAAUCCCCAAGGACAUUCUCACGCAGAUAAUCGGCGUUCUUCCCCAGCUUCCCUUCGUGUUCAAAGGGUGGACCAUCCGCAGGUUCCUGGACCCUAGAAAACUGUUCAGCGACGAGGAGAUUAACCAGGCCCUCGAAAACUGUGGUCUUUUGGAGCUCGUGAACGGCCUGCACGGUUUCCAGAAGCUCGACACCGUUAUAAUUCCAGAGGACUUCAUGUUCGUUUCCAAGCGAAAGACCAUGAAAAUAGAGAAGCCGGUCAACCGCGAGAGCAAGUACAGAAAGACCCUCAACGUCGAAGACCUGAUAAAUUACUAUGCCGAUAGUGACAUGAUCCUGUCUAGCAGUCAAUUGCGCACCUUGUCGUUCGCGAGACUGGUGCUGUAUAGGCAGUUUUACAGGAUUCUCCUGAUUGAUGAGCCUCCGUCUGACAACUGCGUCGAGGGCGAGGAGGAAACUGUGAUUCAGGAGGUCGGAAUACCCAUCUACGAGCUCAUUCAAAAGUACUUUAGCCAUUGCACCACCUUUUUAACUGCACACGACGCAAAUGCGCUGGUUAUGUGCACUUCCGUCUGGGUGCUCCACAACGGCCAGCUGAUCAGGACGUGCAAGAGGGAGGAAAUAAUGGCCAACGAAUCUAUAGCUAGCAUAAUUGAAGAGAGUGUUCGACGAAGGAGUUUGAACAAGUGA